UCUCAUCAUGAGGAGGUAAAAUCGAAGUUAUCAGGAAUGGACCUGGUGUGGGGAUAACACCAUGGGGAACCCGAGCUUCUCGUGAGACACAGCUGCAACCAUCAAGUCAUUUUGCCCCUUCCCAGGGCUUGCUGAGCUAACGAAGUGUGGUUCGUUGACAGUCAUUUAGUGUGCCGCAGAGAGCACAGAAGGCAGCACAGCAAGGGACACGUGCAGAUCUGACCAAUUCAACUUGCUGAAACCUGGAACAGAAGUUAGAGGCUGGGACGUCUGAGUUUAAAUAAGCAGACUUUCAACCCUAUUUGCAGUGGGAUGUUGCAAGAGCAACUUGGUUGUAGGAUGCCAGCUGCUUAAGCUCGACACUGGACGAGAUGGAAGGGGACCUGCGAAGUCGAAACUCUUCCUCUGAAAAGCGCUACUUCCCUGGAUCCCUCGGUUCCAGCGACGCGGAUGACGAGGGGAUCGUGGCCUGUGAGGAUGUGGAAGUGAACCCUUUUGAUGGACUGCCGUAUUCAUCCCGGUAUUAUAAACUUCUGAAAGAAAGAGAAGACCUCCCAAUAUGGAAAGAAAAAUACUCCUUUAUGGAGAAUCUGCUUCAAAACCAAAUUGUGAUCAUUUCAGGAGAUGCUAAAUGCGGUAAGAGCUCUCAGGUUCCUCAGUGGUGUGCUGAAUAUUGCCUUUCUGUCCGCUACGAGCACGGGGGUGUGGUAUGCACACAGGUCCACAAGCAGACUGCAGUCCAGCUCGCCUUACGGGUAGCAGAUGAAAUGGAUGUUAACAUUGGCCACGAAGUUGGCUACGUGAUCCCUUUUGAGAACUGCUCUACCAGUGAAACGAUACUGAGGUAUUGUACUGAUGAUAUGUUGCAAAGGGAAAUGAUGUCCAGUCCUUUUCUGGGUAGCUAUGGGGUCAUCAUCUUGGACGACACACAGGAAAGAAGCAUGGCCACUGACGUGUUGCUUGGACUUCUUAAAGGUGUGUUAGUAGCAAGACCUGAACUGAAGCUCGUAAUUAACUCCUCACCUCACCUGAUCAGCAAACUCAGCGCUUACUAUGGAAACGUGCCUCUCAUUGAAGUGAAAAAUAAGCACCCAGUGGAGGUUGUGUACCUGAGCGGGGCUCAGAAGGAGCAUUUCCAGUCUGUUUUACACCUUAUCUUUGAAAUUCACCAAUCUGGUGAGAAAGGCGACAUUGUAGUCUUUCUGGCCUGUGAACAAGAUAUUGAAAAAGCCUAUGAAAUUGUUUGUCAAGAAGGAUCUAACUUAAACCCAAAUCUUGGAGAGCUGGUGGUGGUUCCUUUGUAUCCAAAAGAGAAAUGUGCGUUGUUCAGGCCAAGUGAUGAAACAGAAAAAAGAUGCCAAGUUUAUCAGAGAAGAGUGGUGUUAACUGCUAGCUCUGCAGAGUCAUUGAUCUGGAGCAACACAGUCAAAUUUGUUAUUGAUGUGGGUGUGGAAAGAAGAAAGGUGUACAACCCUAGAAUAAGAGCGAACUCACUGGUCAUGCAGCCCAUCAGCCAAAGCCAAGCAGAGACUCGCAAGCAGAUUCUCGGCUCAUCUUCUUCAGGAAAACUUUUCUGUCUAUACUCUGAAGAGUUUGCCUCCAAAGACAUGCGGCCGCUUAAGCCCGCUGAGAUGCAGGAAGCCAACCUAACCAGCAUGGUGCUUUUCAUGAAGAGAAUAGACAUCGCGGGCUUAGGCCACUGUGACUUCUUGAACAGACCAGCACCAGAAAGUUUGAUGCAGGCUUUGGAAGACUUAGAUUAUCUGGCAGCACUGGACAAUGAUGGAAAUCUCUCUGAAUUUGGAAUCAUCAUAUCAGAGUUCCCUCUGGAUCCCCAGCUUUCAAAGUCUAUCUUAGCGUCCUGUGAAUUUGACUGUGUAGAUGAAAUGCUAACAGUUGCUGCCAUGGUGACAGCUCCUAAUUGCUUCUCACAUCUGCCACGUGGAGCUGAGGAGGCUGCCUUGACUUGUUGGAAGUCAUUUUUACAUCCUGAAGGAGACCACUUUACCCUCAUCAACAUUUACAAGGCCUACCAAGACAUGGUGCUGAAUUCCACCAGUGAGCACUGUGUUGAAAAGUGGUGUCACGAUUACUUCCUCAACUGCUGUGCACUCAGGAUGGCAGAUGUUAUCCGAGCUGAACUCUUAGAAAUCAUCAAGCGAAUCGAGCUUCCCUGCACAGAACCUGCUUUUGGCUCAAAGGAAAAUGCUCUGAACAUAAAAAAAGCUCUUCUGUCCGGUUACUUCAUGCAGAUUGCUCGGGACGUGGACGGAUCAGGUAACUACUUAAUGCUGACACACAAACAAGUUGCUCAGCUGCACCCACUGUCCAGUUACUCCAUCACCAAGAAGAUGCCAGAGUGGGUUCUCUUCCACAAGUUCAGCAUAUCUGAAAACAACUACAUUAGGAUUACCUCAGAAAUCUCCCCUGAACUAUUUAUGCAAAUGGCACCACAAUACUAUUUCAGUAAUCUGCCUCCUAGUGAAAGUAAGGAUAUCCUGCAGCAAGUAAUGCAUCACCUAUCACCUAUUUCAACAAUGAAAAACGAACAGAAAAUGUGUGAGACGUGCCCUGAAACUACUGAACAAAGAUGCACUAUACAGUGACUGUCCCUUCUGCACACAGCAGGACGUGCAAUAAAUAUCCCCAAGUUUGCCCAACAAGUUGGUCCACUGGAGUGAUGUGCAGAUAGUCAGCACGGACAUACUUCCCCAUACAGAUAGUCUUGAAAAAAAUAACACUUUGUAUACUAUUUUAAAAUAAAAAAUAGAAGUUUUUAUUGAGUUCUUUAAA